CGCGACUUUGGCGUGCGUUUUCUGGGCUUCAUUCGAGGGUUCUUCGUGUUUGCUUUCUCCCAGAAGUGGCAGAGUUUAAUACUUUCGUUGCAUCUUCUGUUGCAUGGACGAGUUGCUGGGUUUUUGAUACUUAAGUAUUUGAUCUUGCUUUUGUUUUCUUUCAUUUGUUGUCGGUCAAAUGAGGGAUUUGAAUGGGUUUUGCUCUCUCUUGCUGUCUUUUUCCUCCAAAGUUCAUAUUUUGCUUCUACAUAUAUUUUUCCUGCUGCAUGGGUGAUGUGAGCGAAACCUAUGGGUUAUGAGAUGCUUGAAGUUCAGAGUUUUUUUCUUUUUUUCUUUUUUUUUGGAUGUUGUUUUCGAUCCGGUAUAGGCAUGUGUGGAUGAGUGAUUCCUGAGGGGUUUUACCCUCAUCAGCUUUUGGUCGUGGGAGUGUUUAUCAUUUGCCCCCUAGAGCUUCUCUCUUUUUCUGGAUUUUUUUCGUUGCUGAGGACAGUGAGCGAAUCCUUUGCGUUUAUAUUCUUAAAGUUUUGGUUUUUAUUGAUACUGUAUUUGAUUUGGCUUAAGUAAGUGGAGUUGGGUGACUCUUGGGGUUUUUCUACCUUAAAACAAUGGAUGUUAUACUUUCUUUUCACUCUUUUGCUUCGCAGAGAAGAAAAGUUUGCUCUAUUUUUUUUGUCCCGAAGUUUUUUUUUUGUACCAAAAAAAAGUUUAGUUUUUGGGAUUUGUUUGGGGGUGCUAUGACCGAAUCCUGUGGGUUUCAGAUGCUUAAAGCUCUAAUUUUUAUUGAUGUUGUGCUUGGUUUGGUAUAGCUAUUUGGAGAUGGGGUAUUCUCGGGUUUUGAUACGGUUUUACUCAAUUUAUUUAUUUCUUUAUUCUUUUUUGUGCAUGGUAUUGUGAUGGAAUCUUAUUCGAUUCUGAAAGUUCUAUUUUGUUUAAUAUUGAGUUUUUUUUGGGUAUUGGUAUGAAUAUAAUAUAUCGUUUCUGCAUUCUGUUGUGCUUUGUGAAUAUGGAGUCUGAUCUGAAUGUCAGGUUUUUCCUCUCCCAUUAGGUAUUCACUAUAUGAUGUUUAGCUGAUUUGUUUAUGCUUACACAAAGGGGAAAAAUAAAAAGAUGUAGAGUCCUUUGAUUCAUUUCUGUUGUUUACGUAUAUCUGCAUGUAGUUCUUUGCUUAUGCCUCUGGCAGUAAUUCUUUAUACAUGGAGAGCUUUCCGGUCUAUUUUGAUUGUUCCUCUAUGUGAUUGUGGCCAAGGAUCAAGUUCGGGAUGGCUAUCUUAUUAAUUGGAGUUGUUUAGGAAAUUUGAUUUUGUUACGUCGUAUUUUAGCUGAAAGCUGAGCUAGUUACUGUUUAGGGACUGAAAAUGGAACGUAGUCAUUUUGCCACAACUGAAUACCAUACCUUUCUUUCGUUUGGUGAAAAUGUUUAAUGCUCUUGAUGCAACAAUAAAGGAGAACGGUGGAAAAUGAUUGAAUUUUUUUUUUUUAAACAUAAAUAAUUGUGAAUGGUUUCUAUCACUUAUAUAUUUUCUUCAAUAACCUGAAUUAUAAGUUAAUAUCAAUGCCUUUGGUUCUCUAUUUUCUUUAAUCGCUUGAACUGUGGAGGUUCUCUAGAGAAGUAUGCUUUCGUAUUUGUAUUUUAUGGUAGUUGUGUCAAGAAUUUGGAUAUAUUUUUGGCAUUUCAAGUUCAGAUGGGUUUGUUCUCUUAGAAAAUGGAAAUGCUUAAUGUUUCCUUAACUGGUUGUGCCUUUUCUUCUAUUUUCAGUAAAGUUUAUUCCUUUUUGCAAAAAAAUAGGGACAUCAGAGUGUUCGGUUCCUCUGUGGGAGAAGAAUUUCUGCACUGAGGUGUGCCGAAUCCCAUGGCAUAGGAUUUGUGAUGUCAAGAAUGUGAUGGGGUGGUAUGAUGACAUUGUCAAAUGGAAUGAUUCAGCAGGAGAAGAGGCUUUCAGGAAUGCAAAGGCCCGGUACUGGGCAGAGAUUAAUGGUCUCCACUGUAAUCUUCCUCUGCCUGAUCCUGAUAUGCAUAUUGACAUGGUUUCUGAUGAUGCAUAUAUUGAUCCUCAGCUAGUAGAGGAUCUAGAAGAUGUGUAUAAACAGCCAUCUGGUGCAAGUUCUCCUGGAGGUUCUUCUAGUGUUGCAGAUAAACCAAUUCUGGCAACUGGAUGGUUUCAAUCAAAGGAUCCAGGUCUGCAUGAAUGUCACAUUCCAUCGGUGGUGGGGGAUUCUGAUGAUCUAUUCCCCAUGAAUGACACCAAACCUGAGCCUCAUACUGUAAAUGCUGAAUGUGGCGAUGCAUCAAAGUUAGUCAGCAGGGAUGAAGGUAGUGGUGAGAAUGGUAACUCUCUCAAUAUGCCCAUUCCUACUGUUGCAGAUGAACUAGUACCAAUGAUUGGAUGGAUUGACAUAAAGGAUAUUGUUCCAGAAGGGUGGGGAGAUGACACUGAAGCUGAGCCUGUAAAUGGUGAUAAUAAUACUAACUCUGGCAAUGCAGCAAAUUUCAUUGAAUGGAUUGACAUAAAGGAUAUUGUUCCGGAUGGGUGGGGGGAUGACACUGAAGCUGAGCCUGUAAAUGGUGAUAAUAAUGGCAAUGCAGCAAAUUCGAUCAGUUGGGAUAAAGUCUCUGACAAUUAUGUUGGCUCAAAGAAUAGUGGCUGGGGUAGUAGAGCUGUGCAGGAUAGUUGCAAUGUGUCGAAUCAGAGCAGUGUUUGGGAUGGUGGAGUUUUGCGGGAUGGUUCAUGGGUCAAUCAAGGGGGAUGUUCAUGGGGGCAUUGGGAGAACAAGACUAAUGGCAGAAAGCGGAACAGAAACCGCUUUGGAUCAAGAUAUGCUAAUCUAAGAUUCCAGGGGGAAGAUCGCCGCACAUAAAAUAACUUGAGAAACUGCAGGGGAAAGAAGUGGACACACUAUGGUUAUGAUAGUGUGAGAUAAACCACCUCAUGCUAUGGGACAAUGGAGCUCCAUGCAUUGUUUUGGUCCAAUAAAUCAUCAAAGAUCAGGCGAAUCAAUCCAUGCAUGGCAAUGAAGAAAUAUUGUCCGAAUAUGUUUGAUCAUGUUUGUUGAUUUGUCGAUCUUUCUCAUGAGAACCUGCAUUAAGGGACAAGAAAAUUGCUUUACCUUUGACAUGGAAUUGGGCAUACAGUGUCAACCUAUGCUGUUAUUGAAGCUUUGUAUUUUGCUUUCUUGCAUGAGAAGUCUAUAUGCUGUUAUCUACUGGUCUUUGUUUCUUGAUAUACAUGGAUCCCAGAAAACUAACAUAAAUUUAUGAAGGCCAUAGUAUGCUCUUUUAGUCUGUCUUGUAGCUUCUGCAGUUAGCACACAGUCAGCCUGAAAGUGCUGGUACAAAGCUGAUGAACCUUUUGAUGGUCAAACGUUGAAAGAUUGACAAGAGGACAAAAAACGGGUAACAGUGUUAAAUUAUUGGAUGACUCUGUCUGUGGUCAAACAUUGAAUUAAAGAUUGGUGAGAAGUGUUUUUUUGCUGCAGGGUAUCAUGUUUAGUAUCAUUACAGUGAAUACUUGUUACUGACAAGAUUCCCAAAAAAAUGUGUCUAUAAUGUUAAUGCAUGCCAUACAUGCAUUUUGUUGAA